AUGUCAGAGCUGCACAAAGACCACAGCGUUCACUCAGACAGAUGGAGCCUCAUGUGGUUUACUCGAGUACAAGAUGAAGUCUCUGGACAGUCUCCUAUUGAAGCCCUGAUGCUGUCGAGCAGCAGCAACAACCCGGUCCGAAACUUCCAGCUCUCGCUCUUCCACCGGGUGCACAGAGCUGUCAGCCCGGAGCAGCGGCUGAGCGUGCGCGCUCUUCUGUGGGUCCAGUAG